AUGUCCUGUCUGCAUCCGUCCGUCCUCACUGUCCCGUUGCGUCCUGCAUAUACCUGGUACCUUACUCGUUUUACCUGUUUACCUGUCCUGAUACCUGGUACCUUCCCUGUCUCGCAUACCUGGUAUUCCCUAGACUUCGCAUCCGCAUACUCCGCAUCCCCGCGCAUCCGCACCCUUCUACGCAUCCUCCCGCAAGCAGCUGUUCUGUCUCCAGCGCAUCACUUCCUCCUUCACUGUUCCCCUCGCUCAUACUUGAGGAACUGCUCUCCGAGCUAUCCCCUUGGGUCGAUUACUAUUCUCGCACCCAGCAGGAUCGGGGUUGACCUUCUGGCAACUAUAUCUGCUUCUCUCGACCCUCGCCUUCAGGCCGUCCGAGACGAAGAUCGUUCAGCACGCGCCAUUCAAUCUACACAGGUCAUGUCGCUGACCACUCAGCUCCGUGAUGCACACGCCACCGUCAAUAAACUUCAUGGCCAGCUUGCACAAGUCGAACGUGAACGUGCUAAUGCUGAACGUCGUGCAGACCGUCUCGAGAUGCAGCUUGAAAUGGCCAAGUUCAUGCAGGACUCUCGUAGUGGGCACCAGCAGCAAGAACGUGUUCGUCGUGAGACAAUCUAUAGAGAUGGAGGCCGCUCGACAAUCUGGGUCACACCUGACGAGGCUGGAGAUGACUUUGGCCUUGAUGACCAUGAUGUGGUCUCACGACGUGACAUUGUUGAGGACCAGCGUGUGGGUCGUUACACUCGUGCCAUUGUUCCCCGAGUCCCGAUGACCCCUCGUACAUCUGCUACACCUCGUGCUUCAGCUACCCCUGCCAGUGGCCCAUCCUCUGCACGUCUCGAUGUCUCAUUCACACCAACAUCAAUUACCAUAUCUCCCAGUCAUGGUAGGGAAUCCAAAGGUCCCAAUGAGAUAGAUUAG